CUUCCCUUUCCUCCACCCACGCCGCGACGACGAGUCGCCGCCGCGGCCUCGCCGGCGACCAGGUCUCCGGCGGCCCCGCCGCCCGCCGUGACGGGGCUCCGGCCUUCCGCCCUCCUCCCCGCACCGCCCGCUAUCUCGGCUCCCCGACUCCUGCAUUCCCCCGACUCUCCCCCGGCCGCCGCCGCCGCCAUUUCUGACUCUUUCUCCGCGGCGCGUCUCUCCUCCGAGAGCACGCCGACCGCCUCCCGAAGCGGCGUCGCGGCCGCGGCGGCCGCCGCCUUCUCCCGCCCCUGAUGGCUGGCGAUUCCCGAAAUGAGCCGAUGUUUUGCGAGGAAGGGAGCAGUGAAUCGGGCUAUGUUCUAUGUGUUAUUGAUUCGCUGAAGAAGAAAAUCACAUCGGACCGCUUUGUUUACAUCCAGAAAAGGGUAGAGGAGAAUAGCAUUAAGCUUAGCCCGAUUACACUGCACUCUCACAAUUUGUCAAAAAAUAGGCAAACUAGUACAUCCAACAGUACAGAUUUAGUCUCGAAUUUGCUCACAAAGAGGAAAGAAGAUGCCCUGUGUGCUGUGAAUAGUCGUGAGUCAUCUCCUGAUGAAAGUGAAGGUGCCAAUUGCCAAGAUGAGUGUUCAUCGACUGUUAUUGUGGGUGGAAAUCUAUCCGCGAGGAAUUCUGUCCGUCCGAUUAGACUACCAGAAGUGGCAACACUCCCUCCAUAUACAACUUGGAUAUUUUUGGACAGGAACCAGCGGAUGCAAGAAGACCAAUCUGUACUUGGUCGUCGAAGGAUUUACUAUGAUACAAACUGUGGCGAAGCUUUAAUUUGCAGUGAUAGUGAAGAUGAAGCUGUUGAGGACGAGGAAGAGAAAAAGGAGUUCAAGGAUUCUGAAGAUUGCAUAAUUCGGAUGACCAUUCAAGAAUGUGGCAUGUCUGAUGCUGUGCUUGAAACUCUAGCUCGAGAUAUCGAAAGGGCUCCUGAUGAUAUAAAGGCCAGGUAUGAGAUCCUACAAGGGGAGAAACCUGAGGGUUCUUCCAAGAAAGUGUCUGAACUUAAUGUCAAAAUGGAAGACGUGUACGGUGAUAAAGAUCUGGAUGCAGCAUUGGAUUCCUUUGACAAUCUCUUUUGUCGCCGAUGUUUGGUUUUUGAUUGCAAGCUACAUGGGUGUUCUCAAGAUUUAGUAUUUCCGACUGAAAAGCAGGCACCAUUGUGCAGCUCGGAUGAGGGUACACCAUGUGGUAUUCACUGUUACAAACUGGUCUCUAAACCAGAUGCUAUCAUGGAGAUUGAUUCUCAUUUGCUUGUUGAUGUUGAGGAGCCAACAUCGGACAAUCUAAAGGAUCAGAUAGGGUCAAAUAAGAAAAAGCUUGGUUCUAGUGGGCAGAAAACAAAAUCUCAACAAAGUGAAAGUUCUUCAACUGCAAGGGUUUCCUCAGAAAGCAGUGAGUCUGAAGUACAACUGUUAAGCAAUAAAUCCCCGCAACACUCUCCUGGCCUCUCAAAAAAUAAGCUUGGCGCAAAAGGUGGAAUCAAGAAAAGUACUAACAGAAGAAUUGCUGAGAGAAUUCUAAUGAGUGUGAAAAAGGGGCAACAGGAAAUGUCACCGGACUCUAAUUCUAUUGUUAAUGGAUGCCAUUGGCCUAGGGAUAUGAAGCUUAGAUCUGAUACUAGGAGUGGAAUUAAGGAUUCUGUUGUAUCCUCACAGUGUAAUUCUCCAAGCACAAGGAGUUUUAGAAAGAAGGGCACACUUCAAAUGGAGAAUAACUCAUCUUUUGUGGAUGCUCAGAGUGAUUCAAUGGAGGAUACAAAUAAUGAACAUUCAGCAACAGAUGGUUGUGAUAGUUCAAGGAAAGAGGAAUGUGUUGAUGAGAGUAUAUGCAGGCAAGAAGCUCAUGGCAGGUCCUGGAAAGUGAUUGAGCAAGGGCUUCUAUUGAAAGGAUUAGAGAUUUUUGGAAAGAACAGUUGUUUAAUUGCUCGGAACCUUCUGGGUGGGAUGAAAACAUGCACAGAUGUUUUUCAGUAUAUGAAUUACAUUGAAAACAGCAGUGCAUCUGGAGCUCUUAGUGGUGUUGAUUCUCUUGUUAAAGGAUAUAUGAAGGGUAAUGAAUUACGGACAAGAUCAAGAUUUGUGAGAAGGCGAGGAAGGGUCCGCCGUUUGAAGUACACCUGGAAAACUGCAGGCUACCAUUUUAUAAGGAAAAGGAUUACAGAAAGGAAGGAUCAGCCUUGUCGACAAUACACUCCUUGUGGUUGCCAGUCUGCAUGUGGGAAGCAAUGUCCAUGUCUCACAAAUGGUACCUGCUGUGAGAAAUACUGUGGGUGCCCGAAAAUGUGCAAGAAUCGCUUCCGAGGUUGCCAUUGCGCAAAGAGUCAGUGUCGCAGCCGGCAGUGUCCAUGCUUUGCUGCUGACAGGGAAUGUGAUCCUGAUGUGUGUAGAAACUGCUGGGUAGGGUGCGGUGAUGGUACAUUGGGAGUCCCUAACCAAAGAGGUGAUAAUUAUGAAUGCCGGAACAUGAAACUGCUGCUUAAACAGCAACAAAGGGUCUUACUUGGGAGAUCUGAUGUUUCUGGCUGGGGAGCUUUCCUCAAGAAUAGUGUUGGGAAGCACGAGUAUCUUGGCGAGUACACUGGGGAGCUUAUCUCCCAUAAAGAAGCUGACAAGCGUGGAAAGAUAUAUGACCGUGAGAAUUCAUCGUUCCUUUUCAACUUGAACAAUGAGUACGUUCUUGAUGCCUACAGAAUGGGCGACAAGCUGAAGUUCGCCAACCAUUCCCCUGAUCCAAACUGCUACGCCAAGGUCAUCAUGGUAGCAGGCGAUCACAGGGUGGGGAUCUUCGCCAAAGAGCGGAUCAGCGCGGGCGAGGAGCUGUUCUACGACUACCGCUACGAGCCCGACCGGGCCCCGGCGUGGGCUCGCAAGCCCGAGGGGCCCGGUGCCAAGGACGACGCCCAGCCUUCCACCGGGAGAGCAAAGAAGCUCGCCCACUGAAGAAGAAGAAGAAGAAGAAGAUCAGCCGUUGAUUCUUUUGUUGUCUUGGUUGAUUCUUUCGUUAUUGGUGAGGGGGACCGAGAACUCUGACGGUGAUUAGCGCCGUAAGGAAAACUUUCCUGCCAUUCGUUGGCCCCCUCGAUUCGAUUCGUUGAUUUUCCCUGAAUUCUGUAACUGCUGCACCUGUCGCCAGUUCAACUUCAAAAGAUUUUUCUGAUUCUGGAUCAGUUGUUGUGUUCUUAUGUGUUACUUUUCGAAAAUACAA